AAUUUCUCUUAUUUUAUUUAUUUAUUUUCUCACUGCUCCUUUUCGUCUUCCCUUCCAAACUCUUCACAUCUAUUCAACCUGAUCCUAAGACAAGCCAUCGUCGAUUGCCGCACCCGUCCCUCCGCUUCUGUCUUACACCUUUACUUUCAAUAUCUCUAAAUUUCUCACCUUUUUUUCCCUCCGACCAUCUGAAUCUCUGUGUUCUAAUCCUCUGAUCGAUUACUCUGAGAGCGCCGACGAGGGCAGAGAUAUAGCAGAUGGAGGAAAUAUUUGCUCUGAUUCUGUCUAUGCUCCUUGUUGCUGCUUUAAUUCCGCUCUUUCUAUGGAAACGUCGUCAGGAUUCUCGAUCAUCAUCGGAUGAUCACGAAGAAGGGCCUCAGGCUCCCCUGAGGGAAACUGUGGUUCGGGCCUCUGGUGGUGGUCGUCGUAUGCGUAGGAGGCCAGCUGCUGGAGCUAGCACGUCCUCUGCUGCAGCUGCUACUGAAGAAGAAACUGUUGAUGGAAGUGAUGACGAAGCUGUUGCGGGCGAGAAUUAUGAGGCCAUGGCAUCAAAGAAGAAAGGCAAGAGAAGGCAAGAGCGGGAAGCACAACGCCAGGCUGAAGAAGCUGUACGCGAGUCAAGGCAGUUAAAGCAAGAUCGCUACUCAGAAAUGCGCAGGAAGAGGGAUGAGGAGCAUGAGGCAAAAGAGCGUGCAUUGGAGGAAGAAGCAAAAGCUCGUAAGGCAAGAGAGGAGGAAGCUGCUGCAUUAGAGUUUGAGAAGUGGAAAGGAGAAAUUUCAGUGGAUGAUGAAGGUACUGUUGAAAGUGAAGUGCAAGAUGGAGACCGAGACUUGCUUUCUGAUUUUGUGGACUACAUUAAGAAACACAAAUGUGUCCCAUUGGAAGAUCUUGCAGCAGAGUUUAGGUUACGAACUCAGGAGUGUAUUAAUCGGAUAAGCUCCUUGGAAAAUAUGGGGCGACUUUCUGGUGUCAUGGAUGACAGAGGAAAGUACAUAUUUAUCUCCCAAGAGGAGAUGAAAGCUGUUGCGGAUUACAUUAAGCGUCAAGGGAGAGUUAGCAUUUCUCAUCUGGCUAGCAAGUCCAACCAGUUCAUUGAUUUAGAGCCAAAAGCACAAUUUGUUGAGGAACUCAGUAGUGUUGAGGAGAUUACCGUCGCUUGAGAAUCGUGUAUGGAGAUUACUGAUCUCAGUGGGCAUCCGUAGCUUUACUUCGUGAAGGUCUUUCAGGAUAUAUAUGGUUUUGAUCAGCCAGGAGAACACUUUUUUUUUUUUGGGGUAAAACCCUUUCCCUUUAGGUGUAAAAGUACUAGUAAUACCAGGUCCUGUAAUUUUCUGCAUUGGUAGGAACUAAAAAACUGAUUCAGGAAGCCAUGUAUAUCGGAGAAAAGUCCUGCAAUAUCAGAAUCCCCUAAAGUUUGGUCUGAUUGCA